CCCCCCCCCUCCGCUCUCGUGUCAGGGAUUUGUAGUCUUUAGCGUAAAGAACGCAGCCGCGUGGUAGCGGCCUGUGCGAGAGCAAGACUACAGUUCCCUCAGAGCUACUCGGAGGUGUUAGUUGUCAAUAUGGCUGUUGUCAGACAGACAAAGCAGAGAGGCAAAUAAUUCGCCUCUGAUUAGAAAUCCUUGGAAAGGGGUCGGACAGGGCACAGUAAUCAAACUGCUUUAUUGUUCGGCUGCAGUAAAAAGACACCGCGGGUCUUUGCUCGAGUUCCAAAGUUAAAUGGUUAAGUGGACGAUUUGAACCGAGCAGCAGGAUGUCUGAGUUCAGUGAGGAGCCGCGCUUCACUAUUGAGCAGAUAGAUCUGCUGCAGCGGCUGCGUCGCACCGGCAUGACCAAGCAGGAGAUCCUGCACGCGCUCGACACUCUGGACCGGCUGGACCGGGAGCACGGCGACAAGUUCGGCCGCCGCACCUCUUCCUCUUCCUCCUCCUCCUCCUCUUACGGAGUAGGCGGGGCCAACAACAACUCUGCCUCUAAUACUACUACAUCAUUCAACAAUAACAACACUGCCUCGGCAACCACCACCUCUUCCGUGUCAUGCAACGGCAACAACAACAGCGGCGAGGCCGUCGUGGGCGAGCUCACGGCGACCGCCGCGUCUUCCACGACCUCCAAAAUCUCCACCGCCACGCAGACGCAGUUCGCCAGCGCAGGGGGACUCUCGCCCUCUCCCAGCAACAGCUACGAUACCUCCCCGCCUCCGGGGCCGCCUCCGCCUUCCGCCAUCUUGCCCUCACCGGUCUCACUGGUGGCUCUAUCUCAGAACGGCCGGGAUAGCCUGGCCGCUACACCCAACGGAAAGCUGUCUCCUCCAAGGUACCCGGUGAACAGCGCAGCCGCAGCGCGAGCGUUCGGGUUCGAAGCUACAGAAGAGGACCUGGAUAUCGACGACAAGGUGGAGGAGCUGUUGAGGAGGGACAGCAGCAUGGUGAAAGAGGAGAUCAAAGCGUUCCUGGGGAACAGGAGGAUCUCUCAGGCAGUGGUGGCACAAGUUACCGGCAUCAGCCAGAGCAGGAUCUCCCAUUGGCUGCUGCAGCACGGCUCUGACCUGAGCGAGCAGAAGAAGAGGGCCUUUUACCGCUGGUACACACUGGAGAAAACCACACCAGGUGCCACUCUAAACAUGCGGCCAGCUCCGUUACCUAUGGAGGAAAUGGAGUGGAGGCAAACCCCACCUCCCAUCACCACUGCCCCCGGAACCUUCCGCUUGCGUCGAGGAAGUCGCUUCACUUGGAGAAAAGAGUGCCUGGCCGUGAUGGAGAGCUACUUCAACGACAACCAGUACCCAGAUGAGGCCAAACGGGAGGAGAUAGCAAACGCCUGCAAUGCUGUUAUUCAGAAACCAGGGAAGAAGCUGUCCGAUCUGGAGAGGGUCACCUCCCUGAAAGUUUACAACUGGUUCGCCAACCGUCGCAAAGAGAUCAAGAGACGGGCUAACAUUGAAGCCACAAUCCUGGAGAGUCAUGGGAUAGACGUCCAGAGUCCAGGGGGACACUCCAACAGCGACGACAUCGAUGGAAACGACUUCUCAGAGCAGGCAUGUGACCUACCCUAUUUUGACAAGCGACCUCUCAGCCGACCUUUUGGCCUUUACCGACUGGAGCCCACCUCGCCAACACAGGAUGACAGCGCAGCGCACAGCGAGCACCAGGACCCCAUCUCUCUGGCUGUGGAGAUGGCUGCCGUCAACCACACCAUACUGGCCCUGUCCAGAACCGGAGGGGUCCCCAACGAUAUCAAGACGGAGUCCCUGGAGGACGAAUGAACUGCACAGGAACUGGGACGGAGGGAGCGGUUGAGAAGUGGGGGAAAGGGGAAGGAGGAGUAGAAAAGGUGGGGAAAGGGUGGGGGGGCUAAAAAACAAAAGAAAAAGAGACCAAAAUAAUUCUACUUAGUAAACUGAACCCCCCCUCCACCCUCCCACCAACUGUUCCUUCUCUCUCAGCUUCCCUCCUCCCACAAAGUCCAUGUAAACAGUAAUUACCCACUACCCCCACCUCCACCCUACCCAACAUAUUGACACAGCUGGCGGAAAUGGGUCACUAUACGUCCUCAGAUCUUUGUGAAAAAGUUCCACGGAAAGAAGAAAAGGGGGCGAUCCAAGCCCCUUAACCUCCAAAAACGGUGGUCCUCAACUGGGAUUGUCUCCAAGGAACCCCCCCCCCCCCUCUCUCUCCCCUCAAUACACUCUCUCCUCACAGGAUACCUCUUCUCUUUCCUCUUCCUCUUCCUUAUUGCCCUUCUCCUGCCUGGUUGUCUGAGCCGAUCCUCAGUCUAUCUCACCUCAGCGUCAACCUCAGAAAUAUAACGUGUACUGUAUAUAUAAUAUAUAUAUGGUUCUUAUGGUUCUCAGUCACACUCACCUCAUGGUGUGCUACCUACCUACCUACCUACCUACCUACAUAACCCUCAAAAUUCAACCUCUUCAUCGUGCAAUUCAUCGGAAGAGCCGCCUCAAGCCAUUGUCUGGGGAAAGAUGGAUGGCGAGAGUUUCCCUCUCUGGCACCGAGGCGCUAAGAAAGGAUACCGGCAGACGGAACUGUCCAGUCACUGUCUUCUACCCUCUAUAGUUAUCAUUCCUCAGCGGAGUGGCUUUUUGUUUUCCUACAGUAGAGCUGCUGUUGGAUGAAAACCUCUAAAAAGUCAGCUAAAAAAGAAGUAGCCUUAAUUUUCAUACAGACAACUACACCUUUUACUUUUUGCAGUAUACAGCAGGUUUUGAAGUUUGUUGUUUUUUCUCCCCCUGACAACGAGGAAGAACAAGAAACUUUUUAGUACGCUUAAAGAAUAAAAGAGGAUUAAUGUCAAGUCCAACAGCAGCAGCAGAGGUUUUAGUUCCUUCAGCUGCAUUUCCUUCCGUUUUUUAGCCCAAACGGCAACUGGAUAUACAAUCAUUUAGCUUCCCAGUGACACUAUCGUUAAGUACUCGAGGCUAUGAGAAUCAGUUUAGGGUCAAUGUGAUAAUCAAGCAAACUUAAGCUAUCUAAUAAGGGGAAAUUGUGCUUUGUUUAAAUGUCAUCCAUGCCAAAGGAAAAGCUAACAGGCUAAGCUAAGACUGAUCUGAAAAUGGUGUCCGCGUUCAUCCAAAGCGAUCCCUGCGGACUCCGUUUGGCGUCCACAGGUCGUUUCUCGCGCUCAGUGAAGCUUCUUGACGUGACACUACAGCAGGCCUGUGCCAGUAAAGAAUAGGUAUUAGCAGCCAGAUAUAUAAUGAUAAAAAUACCCCUAAGCUAUUUACUACUUGUUCUGUGACGCUGCCUCUUUAUAAUAGCCUAAAGAAUGUGCUUUCAGAAGAUUUUUUUAAUAUCAGUGGUAUCAAAUUAGACUAAAUCCACACUGGAAAUGGUUUUAGAAUAUCAGAACUUCGGAGGCAAGUUUUGUUUUUAUUUCAUCUAUAUAGCUUCAAAGGUAAAGGCACCACUUUGAAGGAAAUCAAAGAGGUUUAAAGCUGUAAUAUCUGAAAUCAUUUUCCACCUUUUUUUUGUCCCGGGUGGAACUUUUCCAAAACCAUAUCUAAUUGAAGAUCAUCAUAAUGUCAUAAGCAGAGACAAAGUCCUGUUUCUGGGGGCUUACUUAUUGUCAAGUAAUUAGUGCUAUUUUCAGUCUGAGACUGAAAUCUGACCUUCAGGUGAGAAAGUUAAAGUAAUAGUUUAGAUUUUCUGGGGGGAAAUCGACUUAUUGGCUCUUUUUGUCAAAAGUUAGAAGACUGAUAUCACUUUCACGCCUAUAUGUAAAUACGAAGCCAGGAGACAGUUAGGUUAGCACAAAGACUGAAACAGAAGGAAACUACGAGCAUGGCUCUGUCCAAAGGUCAACAAUCUUCUUACCAGCACGUCUGCAGCUCAUCUAUUAGCCUGCUACAUUCAGUUUUUAUUAAAGCCGUACAUAAAAAUGGAGUUUAAAAAACGUCAAUUUGACAGCUAGCUACAUACCGACACUAUUUUUGGCACAGCGAGUUCCUGUGUUCUUUUUAUACUUUUACAGGAGACAAAAUAUGUUAAUUAGUGAGCUUUUGAGGUGCCAGUAGAAAGACAUGUUGUCCUUUGGACAGCCCGGCUAGCUGUUUCCCUCUGCCAAAGCGAACUGUAGCUUCACAGUUAGCUUGCAGAAUACAACACAAACUGUCAUUUUUACCGUUCAUUGUUCGUAUGAAUUUGAAAUACAAGACACAAAGUGUUAAUUAGUGAGCUGUAGAAGUGUUUAUUACAUUUGGACUAUUAGCUAUUAGCUUUAUCUUAAGCUAACUGCCUCCAUGCUGUAGCUUCAUAUUUGGCGUACAGACAUCAAAGUGGUAUUAUUUUUCUCAACUAGAAAGCUAAUAAGUCUAUUCCCCAAAUUGUCAAACUCUUGCUUUUUAAAAAAAACAAACAAAACAAAAAAAAAACCUGCCUUCACGAUGGUUUUGGAGAAUUGGGAAAAUAUUCUACAAAGCAGGAUUAAACAAAGCAGUCGGCCACAAACUCUGAGACAGAAAUCUCGGUGUGAUUUCAGAUAUAGACAUUCAUGAUGUAUCCAAUAAUCCUGCUUGUAGAAUAGCUCCCAGCCCUGGGCUCUAGUCUAGUAAAGCUCUAUUUAAAUCUAUUGCUUCUGUGUGUACGAAGCUGCGAAUACAGUGACUCAGUCCUGGGACCUGUGUUUCACAAAAGAAAGGGUUGAAAGAUAAAAACAAUAUGUAUUUAUACUCAUUUUUUAUGGUAAUGUACAAAAAAAGAAUGACAUAUGUUUUGAAAUGAAACAUGCUUUUAUUGUUAAAUUAAUCAUGCUUUUUAAUUUCUCCUGACUUAUUUUUAUGUUAUCAUUUUAAACCAUUUUUUAUUUUUUUUUUAUUUUGUCAUCCCUUAUUUGACUGAACAACAGUCUCCCCCCUGUUUGUGUCUGAGAUAGUAAGCUAUUUUGUGAAAGAUGAAUGACGAUGCACCUUAUUUAAAAAAAAAAAA